CUUGCAAUUGUGAUUUCUCAAUUUCUAACCAGACUACUGUGUUUGACCUUGCAGGAUGAGACUGGUGCCUAUCUAAUUGACAGAGAUCCUACCUAUUUUGGACCUGUGCUUAAUUACCUGCGACAUGGGAAGCUGGUUAUUAAUAAAGAUUUAGCAGAGGAAGGUGUGCUGGAGGAAGCAGAAUUUUACAACAUUACAUCGCUAAUAAAGUUAGUGAAAGACAGAAUAAGAGAGAGAGACACCAAAACAUCACAGAUUCCAAUGAAGCAUGUCUAUAGAGUAUUGCAGUGUCAGGAAGAGGAGCUCACCCAGAUGGUGUCUACAAUGUCUGAUGGCUGGAAGUUUGAACAGCUGGUCAGUAUAGGUUCCCCGUAUGGCUAUGGGCGGGAUCAUCAGUCAGAGUUUCUACUGAUUGUGUCGCGGGAAGUGAAGGGGGAGGAGACCAGUUUCCACAACAGCAGCAGCGAGUUAGUCAGUAUUGGCUCUUCCUAUAACUAUGGAAAUGAAGACCAGGCUGAAUUUCUUUGUGUUGUCUCCAGGGAGUUGCAUAAUGCUCCAUAUGGCACAAACACGGAACCCAGCGAAAAAGCCAAGAUUCUGCAAGAGCGAGGAUCACGGAUGUGAUGUCAGUGUUCUGUAUUGGCCUAUCAAGAAAUUUUAAGUUAUUUUACUUUCUAGGGAAAUGCAAGAGGGAUCAGCCAUGGUGUUGUUCGAAAUCUGGUCUCUGACGUGAACAUUUCUUGCAAUAACUUUGAACCUUGAUCUCCCUCUCUGCUUCCACUGUACAAAGACUGAGUUUUCUUACUGACUGAACAUUUCAACAGUUUAGAAACCUUAAUGCAUCAUAAAGACAUCUGUAUAUCAAAGCAUGUCUAGCUAGGGGCAACAGUAUCACCUCAGUGAUGGAGUACAACUGGCCAACAGCCUACUCUGGCACUAUUUUGCUCUUUGGAUUAAACCAAUAAGUACCAAUUUGUAAAAGAAUUAGGUUAAAACAAUUAAUAUUUUGCAAAAAAGCCUGGAACCUGAAGUGAGUAUAAAGCUGAGGUAACAGUUUAUUGAUUACAGAGUAAAGGCUGUGUCAUAUUCAACAGAUGCGCUUCCACGCUUCCACUUGGCUUUGAUUAAGUUAAUUUCUUCAGAAAUGGUAUGUAGGCAGCAGGAGGAAGCACACCCAUUGACUAGGUAAUUACCUCUCACUGUACUUCGAAAUCAGCUGCUUCAGUUUGCUGGAUGUUCUGUGGAUGCUGGAGAAGGACCCAACCAGUUCCAACUUACGUUUGGUGUUUUAUUAAGCAAGUUAGUCAUUGGUGUCUACUGAAAGCAGUUUGUAUUGAAGAUCAUUGGGAAAACAUACAAUGAACUGUCAAAUUCUGACAGAAUAUUUUUAAACUGUUUGCAUGGUGUAAUGCUUUUUAUUUUAAUAAUUGCUGCUUUCAACACCUGAGAAAUGGUUUGUAUGCUUUUGGAUUCCCACAUAUAUAUAUUUUUAGGGUUCUUGUGUAUUAUUAAAGAACUAUAGUUCAAGCUGUUAAGUCUUUCCAGUAUGUUUUAAACCUUUAUAUAUAAAAAAAAAACUUGCUGAAGCCAACGCUUGGACUUCUUGCAGUUUUAGCUGUUUUCAGAACAACAUUUCAUCAAUGUGCUCAUUUCCCAUUGUUGUAACUACUGAUAUCUAUUUCUCUUUUUGGUAUAUUUCACUGUUUCUUCAGGGACAUUGUCCGUGUUUGGCUAUUUAAACAAAAAUCACCUCAACAAAACAAUUUAGCUGGAAGACCGUUUAAAUUGAGCUGUUUAUGCUGAAUAGGAAACUCCUUUUCCCAAUUCAGUCGGAGAGUUUAAGGGUUCUGAAUCUCUCUCCUUUCAUAAAAGUCAAUUUUUCUUUCUCUUUUGGUCUUUUAAUCAUACAUGGAAAAUAUCUGUGGUGUCUGUUAAUAUUCACACCCUCUGUAAAGCCUAACGCCUUAACCCUUAACAUAUCCUCAACUAGGGUGACAGUAUGGGCCCUGCAAGUAAUGUCCACAUUCCUGAUUAAGGGAUGUAGAAUCAGUCAAAAUUCCUCCUAUGAUGCACUAUCCAUUGACUCCAGCUGGAAUGUACAUGAAUGGGAAACAGAAAUGAGAACAGGUUUUAUUUCAGCUGUAGCCACAUUUCAUCGUGAAAUUGUCUCCUUUAACACUCUGCCUGUAAACUUAGAAAAUAAAAUUAGACAUCUGGGUGUCAGUGGUAUCUAUGGAGUCUAGCAACCAAAAUAAUAGCAAAGCUCCCCUGCGUUGUACUUGUAUGGGCUGAACCAACAGCAUUUAUAUGUUCAUCCCCACACAGAAUUUCCCAUGUUUACACAGAUCCACACACCAUUUCUUCUACAGUUUACAUAGCCCAAUACACUCUUAUCCUUGUGUUUAUCCAGUCUCUCAUACUAUUUCACCUUGUGUUUACGCCAGUCCAUGCACUGCUUUCCCUUGUGUUUACGCCAGUCCAUGCACUGCUUUUCAUUGUUGAAGCAACACAGUCCCAUGUACUUCCCUUGUAUUUACACAGUCCACAGAAUGCCUUCCUCUGUGUUUACAUGGACCUAUGCAUUGCCUUUCCCUUGCACUUGCACAGGCCCAUGCAAUUUUCUCUUAUGCUUACAUAGUCUGCUGUUAUAAACAUGAAGAUUAGGGGAAUUAAACAUAUUUAAAAUUAUAUUGAACAGAACAAGAUUGAAAACUGACUUUAUUUCAUUGUUAAUAUAAGAUUCCAUUUGGGAGAUUUAGAACAAAUAUCAAGAAAAACUGAGUUGAGGCUGUAGAAUUCACUUUCAGGAUUAGUGGUUACUGUCAAAUAUUUCAGAAUAACUUGGAUUGAGAGAUGGAGGAGAAAGGGAGGAGGAAUAUAGAGAAGGGUGAGUAAAUGUGUUUACUUCCACAUGAGCAAAAGGUCACUUAUAUAUUUGCUGGAUUGAAUGGUCUGAUUGUGUUGUAAGUUUAAUGUAUUUCUGUAUAUGUUUGUAGUUGGUGUAUAAUUGGUUAACAUCAUUGUUCUGAUUUGUUUGUAGUAGGAGAAAGGAAUUUAAUAAUAUUGAAUUUAUAGCUUCUAAACUUUCCUUUGACUAGUCUACAACUGACCCAUGCAGCCACCCCAGGUUUGUCACCUGAACUGCACAAAUGUUAACGAGUCCGAGCCAGGAAGGCAUUUGUGGGCCAAAUUAGCCCCAGCACUUGGACUAAAAAUGAAUAUGUCUCCUGGAGUUCCUGUUUCUGACCAUUGUCGAUUGGCGGUGCCUAUGUCAAAAAAAACUUGCCAACACUUGUAGAUGAAGACAGACCAUUGGGAUGAGGUAUUUGUCUGAUACCUUUGAAAUUGCACAUCAGCAUGUGGCUAAUGCCAUCAGUACAUUAGAACAGAAAAAUUAUAUCUUAGUGGUUACACUUCAGGUCAAGGCCAUGAACAGCACAACAUCUGAUCACUAAGUCCAGAAAUAGAGGCAAUGAGACAGAAUCUUUUAAGGUCUGUACUUAUGUUCUAGGAGAGUCUGGUCCUUAUUGACAAUUAUAAAAAGUUAAUUUUGGGAAUUUAUUCCACACACAUUUGUCAAAGCAUGCUUAUUUAGAUUCCUAAGAGAAGGUUUUGGGAAGUGUUGUCAAUUGAGCUGUGUAUUUCUGUUCAUUCUUCCAAAACUUAUUCAAUUUUUUCUGUGAUAAAUCUGCAAAACCUGAAAGUUGUUUUUUGUAAAUUGUUGCGUUGGUUGAACACAAUAAAAGCCAGUCCCUCACUGAGUGCAGUGAUCUAA